UUUGCCUUCUACCCAUCACAGCAUAAGCAUUGAGAACUCCAAAACCAAAGCUCUCCUCAACUUUUUUCUCUAAAACUCUCUUCCGCUAUAGAAUAAUUAACAAGAUGAUCAGCACCAAGAAGCUCCUCAAAUUGGCAAGAAAAUGGCAAAAGAUGGCUGCUAUCAGGAGAAAACAGAUCCCUUUGCCAAAAACCAUCACACGAAUUGAUACAAGCAGUUGCAGCGUACCUGCAAAAGCUGAGAAAGGUUGUUUUGUUGUGUACUCUGCAGAUCAGCAACAAUUUCUGCUACCUUUAGAGUAUCUUAACAAUGAAAUAGUAAGAGAGCUAUUCGACAUGGCAGAAGAAGUGUUCGGUUUGCCUAGCAAUGGACCUCUCACAUUACCGUGCGAUGCAGAGCUUAUGGAAUAUGCAAUUUCUUUGAUCAAACAGAAGGUUACUAGAGACAUCGAACAAGCAUUGCUGACCUCCAUAGCUAGCAGUUGUUCAUCAUCUUUCCAUCUCCAACAUCAAGCAACAAUCCACCAUUUACCAAUUUGUAGCUUCUGAAAUAGAUACAAUUAGAACUGUAAAUAUAGAUUACAAGUGUACAUUAAUAUACAUCAUCAAGAAUCUCAAAAAUUUUGGUCCUAUCUAGUUUUUUCUCCAUGGAAUAUAAAUUUCAUUAUCAAUAUGCUGAAAUUUUUUGGUAUGGCAAGAAAAUGAGACUUGUAAUGGAACC